UGGGUAUCUUCAAGGAUUGAAUGUUGUCCCGUAUAUCAUAACUUUCAAGGAUACAAUUCAUUUGUUCAAGACAAUGAACGCUAUCACAAAAGCGAAGAAGGCUUACUUUCCAUCUAAAACCACCAGUUUUGCCACCCAACAGGCUCCAAAUCCCAUUUCUUCUCGCCAUGAUCAUCCAAAUCUCGCCGAAACCCAUUUCAUAUCACUCAUCCACUCCUCCAAAUCCACUCCCCACCUCAAAUCCAUCCACGCCCAAGUCCUCCGCCGUUGCCUCCACAUAGCCAACUCUAGAAUCACCACCCAGCUCAUCUCCGCCUCUUCUCAGCACGGGUCGAUAAAUUACGCCCUCUCCAUUUUCCGCUCUUCUUGCUAUCGGAACUUGUUCAUUUUCAAUGCAAUCAUCAGGGGACUUUGCGAAAAUUCGUGUUUCGAGAGCUCCAUCGAGCAUUUUAAGCUCAUGUUGAGGCUUGGUGUGCGGCCUGACCGGCUUACGUUUCCGUUUGUGCUGAAGUCGGUGAUGGGUUUGCGUGGGAAACGAUGUGGGGCUGUGUUCCAUUGCGGGAUUUUUAAAAUGGGGCUUGAUUGUGACUCGUUUGUGAGGGUUUCUUUGGCCGAUAUGUACGUGAAAAUUGGGUUGUUGGAUUCUGCCUUGCAGCUGUUCAACGAAAGUCCUGAGAAGAAUAAGGUUGAGAGUGUGCUAUUGUGGAAUGUGGUAAUCGAUGGGUGUUGCAAGGGUGGGAAGCUGAGUAAGGCAGUCCAGUUAUUCGAGGAAAUGCCGGAGAGGAACACUGGCUCGUGGAAUAGUUUGAUAAAUGGGUUGAUGAGAAGUGGGGAAGUGUACAAGGCAAUUGAGUUUUUUGAUGGGAUGGACGAGAAGAACGUUGUUUCUUGGACUACUGUGAUUCAUGGGUUGAUGCUGAAUGGGCUUCAUGAGAAGGCUCUGGAGUUGUUCUUUAAGAUGGUGGACAUAGGUGUCAAGCCCAAUGAUUUGACUAUCGUUUCUGCCCUUUCUGCCUGUGCAAAAAUUGGGGCACUUGAGGCAGGGGUAAGAAUCCAUAAUAACAUGUUGAGCCACGGGUUCAGGAUGAAUGCUGCCGUUGGAAAUGCUUUGCUGGAUAUGUAUGCAAAAUGUGGGGAUAUUGAGUCUGCUAGUCAGGUGUUUAAUGGGAUGAAAGUGAAAGAUAUACGCACUUGGAGUGUUAUGAUUUGGGGUUGGGCAAUCCAUGGAUGUGCUGAUAAGGCCAUUCAGUGCUUUGAAAUGAUGAUCUUGUCAGGAAUCAGGCCUGAUGAAGUUGUUUUUCUGUCUGUUUUAACUGCAUGCUCACACGCUGGAAGGGUGGAUCAGGGUCUCAACAUUUUUAAUAGCAUGAAGGUUAAGUACUCUAUGGUGCCAACCAUGAAACAUUAUGCUGUGAUAGUUGAUCUAUAUGGCCGGGCAGGCCAGCUGGAUGAGGCUUUGAGAUUUGUUGAAAGAAUGCCAUUGGAGCCUGACCACAUCAUUUGGGGGGCACUCUUUUGUGCUUGCAGAGCUUGUAAAAAUAUUGAAAUGGCAAAAUAUGCCACAGAUAAACUCCUGAAGCUUAAGCCAAAACAUCCUGGCAGCUAUAUCUUUCUUUCAAAUGUUUAUGCUGGUGUGGGCAAAUGGGAUGAUGUUGAAAGGGUAAGAACUUCGAUGAAGAGUAAAGAUGUAGAGAAAGAUCCUGGAUGGAGUUCAAUGGAGGUGGAUGGUCAAGUGCAUACCUUUGUAGCUGGCGAUCGUGCUCACAGCCUAGCCUGUGAGAUAUAUGCAAAAUUAGAGGACAUAACAGCAGGUGCUAGACAACAAGGUUACGUGCCUGAAACUGAAUGGGUCCUUCAUAACAUUGAGGAGGAAGAAAAGGAAGAUGCCUUAGGAAGUCAUAGCGAAAAGUUGGCACUUGCUUUUGGGCUUAUCAGUACUGGUCAUAGUACAGUCAUUAGGAUUGUCAAGAACCUGAGAGUCUGUGGGGAUUGCCAUUCUCUGAUGAAACAUGUCAGUAAGAUGAACCAAAGAGAGAUUGUUCUGAGAGAUAUGAAGAGAUUCCAUCAUUUUAAAGAUGGUGUUUGCUCAUGCCAUGAUUACUGGUAGCUGUAACAUCCAGGGUUCAACAACAGACACCUGCUUCCUUAGUUCCUCCAAAUCUUCCUUUGUAUUUGAAUAUGAUUCCUAGGAAAUCUGAUUACUCCAGAACCAGACUAAUAGAGUAACUCUUAAUGGAUUUGAGUAAGACUGAAGUAAAUUUCAGGGAGAUAACUCUUAAGUUUGCCACAACAAAAGCAAGCGAAGCUCCUUCACAUUAAUGGUGUUUGCUAUUGCCAUCCAACAUCAAUACUGAAAAGUAUAACGCAUCAAUCAACUUCUUAGCUCAUUUUUCGCAGUUCUUUGAAUAUUUUUUAUUAGGGAGCAUGCUUGUAAAUUGAACGUGAAAGAAGAGGAAGAGAACAAAGAGAGAGAGAGAGAGAAGGAAAGAAUCUGAAUUGUUGAUGAAAUUCUUGAAGUAAAGCGCAGAUAGAGGAAGAAAAUGAAAGAAACAUGGUUGGUCUAGUAUUCACUUUACUGUAUUAUUUGCUUUCUGAUAAUAUUUGUUUAGUCAACACUACCAUUUCAGUUUGAUAACCUUGCAUAAGGCAGAGAAAGAGGAAGAGAGAGCCAAGGAAAUAUUUUCCUUAGAAGUUGGAAGAGGAUAAGGUUGGUGCCUAUGUUAAAGUUGUUUUGUUUUAAUGUGAAAAUUAUUGUAGGUCAAUGAAUACGGAUGUAUUUCUAUUUAGUUACGUCAGAUGAAAAUGAAAAUAGCCAGUUCAAGUCAGUAUAACUAACUGUUCAUUUUGGAUUGUUUUGGUGUUUUUGAGCUUUACCGUCUCAGUUUUGACAUUACUGUAACCUGGACUCUUAAGAUAACUGUUUUAAUUGUAUAGAUAUUUUUUAUUCCUUUGUUCUCCCUUUUUCCCUUGGUACUUGGUGUGAUAUGGCGAAAAUAAUUUGUCCUGUUUUCAUCUAUUUUCUUGGUGAUUCAUUGUCUUCUGACUUGUGGUUGGGCCAUUAAUAGUCUAGUACAAAGAGGAAUAGACCUCUAAAAGAGAUGUUAAUGGGGAGGGCUCGCCAAGUGCUUCUUUUGCCUUUAGU